AUGGCCCGAGGAAAUGCGAUCGUGCAGGUCGUCGCGGAUGUCCUGGGCAAGCCGUGGACCGCAGAAACCUCACUACCGGCCCUAGGGAGAGGCAGUCCCGCCGUCGUCGUGGGGAUCCUGGCCGAUGACUGGAUGCGGAGUGUCCCCGGUGCGGAGAAGACCUCCGACUGGGUCGCGAUCAACACGCACUGCGUAGAUGACGGGUCCUCCCCGGCGGAGGCCCUCACCGACGGCUGCCACUAUGAGUUCUUAUAUUCGCUGCGGAGUCCCUUCUUCCGUCGCGAUCUGACGCGCUUCCUCUCCCUCAUCCUGGGCCAGACGAGACCCCACGAGGACCUCAAGGCCAAACACCGCACCAACUUCAUCUCCACCACCUUCCCGGAUGUUCAUGCGGCGCUGCCCAAUCUGGACAUCUUGUCCGUCGGGGCCGAUGCCGUCGAGAUCCGCGUAGACCUGCUGGUGGAUUCGGCCCCGCACGCCCUUCCCAGCCCUGUGCCUAGCCUGCGGUACGUCGGGCAGCAGCUGAUGCUCCUGCGCCAGCAUACCGAGCUGCCCAUCAUCUUCACCACGCGCUGCACCAAGGAGAACGGCAAGUUUCCCAUGGCCGACCCGGCCCUCUUCUACAAGUACCUCCGGCGCGCUAUUCAGUGGGGCGUCGAGUACAUCGACGUCGAGCUCUGGCUGCCUGAGGACAUCCGACGCCGGCUGGCCGAGAACAAAGGCCACAGCAUUAUCAUGUCGGCAUUUCACGAUUUCUCCGGCACCUGGAAGUGGACCUCGCCUGAGGCUCCGCGCAUCUUCGCCGAGAGCGCCAAGUACGCCGACAUCGUCAAGAUGAUCGCCAUGGUCGGCACGACCGACGCCAACUACGAGCUUGAGUACUUCCGCUCGACCGUGAGGGAGACCCAGGGCUCGUACCCGCUGCUGUCGGCCGUCAACAUGGGCCAGAUGGGCCAGCUGUCCCGCGCCCUCAACACGGUCUUCUCCCCCAUCACGCACCCGCUGCUGCCCAUGAUCGCCGCGCCCGGCCAGCUGACCGCCGGCGAGAUCAACGAGGCCCAGCACAUCAUGGGCCAGCUCCCCAAGCGCGACCUCUACGCCAUCGGCUCGUUUCGCUCGACGCCCCAGUCUGUGUUCAUGGAGAAGUGCUUCAACGAGCUCAGCCUGCCGCACACCCUGACCUCGAUCGACCGCGGGCCCACCGGGUCCAUCGAGCGGGUCAUCACCCAGCCUAAUUUUGGCGGCGCCUCGGUGCACCCGCCCAUCGCCAGCGGCGGCACCAACAUCCCCGCCGUCAGCGAGGCCGCGCGUGCCAUCGGCCUCGUCGACACCAUCGUCGCCGUGCGGCGCGACGACGAGCCCCGGGCAACGCAGCUGGUCGGCGAGAACGCCACCUGGAAGGGCAUCCGGGCGACGCUGACGCGAGACUACGUGCCGUCGGCCUACCGCGGGCGGGCGGCCAUCAUCCUGGCCAACGGGGAGCGGGAGGCAUCGGCGGCCCUCUACGCACUGCGCAGCCUGGGCGUGGGGGCCAUCUACACGGUCGGGUUCCGAGGCAGCGGCCCACUGGCCCAGGGGCUGGAGCCCUUCACCUCCCUCCAGUCGGUGAAGCUGGUGGAGCAGCCGUUUGUGAUUGUCUCAGCCCUGCCCCCUGAGAAGUCACUCCUGGUGCAGCCGCUGCUGCGGCACUACCGCACCAGUGGGCGGGUCUCCCCCCCGUCCACCCGCGGCAAGGUGUACCUGGACCUCACCCGAGGCGACCGCACGGGCGACCCGGUAGAUGUGGCGGUGCGGGCGGGCUGGACGGCGUAUGGGAUUGAGGAUGUCCAGGCCUGGACGACGGUGGAGACGUUACGGCUGCUAGUGGGACAGAACGUCCCGUUUGAUUUCGUACGGAUGGCGUCUGGACGGGUGUUUUGA